GUGGAUAGUGAUAAUUUUUGUUAACAAUGUGACUUUUCUUAAAAGAUACGGAAUUUAAAAUCAUAUAUUUAAACUAACAUAUUAGUGUUGAAAUGAGUUUUUAACAAGAAAAAGACGGUUUUUCCAACAUUUGCGGCGAUAAAUAAGAAAGGGUGUGGAUUUCAAUGAAAAAUAAAUGGACGUAUCAACAUGAUAUCACACUUUACAUUCGCAUUAUUUUCGGGAAUUCUAUUUUGAGAUAAGAAGACUCCAUUGUAAAGAUUAUACGAAAGAUGCAUUUACAUUAGAGAGGGUACGUAGUAAAAUCCAAGAUGGCGGCGCGUCCCGCCGCCGUGGUCGUGGAGCGCGCCUACAAGUAUUAUGGCAAGCAGGACAAGCCAGAUUACAAGCCGGUACUCAAUUACCUCGAUAUGACAGUCGAGAAAGGGAUCAUUUACGGCCUUCUGGGUGCCUCGGGUUGUGGAAAGACGACUCUCCUCUCCUGCAUAGUGGGUAGACGGUCAUUAGACGGAGGAGAUGUCUGGGUGUUGGGGGGGAAACCUGGGGAAAAGGGGAGCGGCGUACCUGGACCCAGGGUUGGAUAUAUGCCACAGGACAUAGCAUUGGUCGCGGAGUUCUCAGUACGAGACGCAGUAUUCUACUUUGGUCGUAUCUACGGCAUGUCAAUGAAAAAGUUAGUGGAACGCUUCGACUUCCUAACAAACUUACUGGACUUGCCCAGCGGUGGGCGGUUGAUCAAAUCGCUGUCUGGAGGUCAACAAAGAAGAGUGUCUUUGGCUGCUGCAUUGGUUCACGAACCUGAACUUUUAAUUCUGGACGAACCAACAGUCGGUCUGGAUCCUGUUCUACGUGAAAGGAUCUGGGACUUCCUUGCCGAGCUGGCCAAGGGUGGCACCACCGUUAUCAUCACGACACAUUAUAUCGAUGAAACGAAACAAGCUCAUAAAAUUGGUCUACUCCGUGACGGUCAACUGUUAGCGGAAGACUCUCCAAGUGAGAUCCUACGCAAAUACAACUGUGAUACAUUAGAAGAUGCAUUCCUCAAGAUGGCGCUGCGACAACACGAAGUUACCAAUAGGAGACGUUCGACUCUAACGUCAUCACCGGAUGUGAUCCCGGAGAGCAGCAUUGCAAGUAAUCCAGACAGCCGCUACCAGUCGCGAGACGACUUCAAUAUUGUCACCAGCAGUACUGAUAUGCUCAAUACCAAAGAAAAACCAUCAAAUUGUUCAAGUAAAUCCAAAGCGAGGUAUAGAGCUGUCUUUAUUAAAAGUAUUCAGCAAUUUUCAAGACAUCCUGGGGGCUUAAUAUUCUCAGUACUGUUUCCCAUCAUACAAGCGGUUGCCUUCUUCAUGGCAGUCGGCAGCGACCCGCGCGACUUGCACGUCGCUGUUGUUAACGAGGAAGCGGCUUCCUCACCAUACGGUCUAGAUAUUUGCAAGAACAGUAGCUUGGUGACUGUGAUACGACAUGAUGAUGAUACCUGCGACCAGUAUAUGCUGAGCUGCUGGUUCUUAGAGGAAAUGGAGAAACGAAGACUCUUUCAGGUACCAUACAACAGCACAACACACGGAAAGCGCGCUCUAGCGACACGCAAGACAUACGCUGUACUACACUUCGCGCAAAACUUUAGCAGUGCUCUGGGCGCGCGUGUGCGUGAUGGCGACGUGCCCGAUGAUAUACUGCAGGACAGCAUUGUUAGUGUGUGGUUGGAUACUGCCGACUAUCAGAUAUCCAAUUUCAUUAAGAUGCAGCUACACAAAGCUUACGAACAGUUCACGAGACGCGCUAUGGCCGCAUGUGGACUCAACGAGGACCUUGUACAGAUUCCCGUUCGCUUUGAAGAGCCAGUCUAUGGAUCAAAGGAGGCCCAAAUGGUUGGUUUUAUGGCACCCGGCAUUAUGAUCACUAUAAUUUUCUUCCUGCCGGCCAUUGUAACAUCAACAUUGAUGAUAUCUGACCGGCUGGAGGGUGUGUGGGAGCGCAGCGCAGUGGCGGGCGUGCGCGCCAGAGAGAUGCUGAACGUGCACUGCGCGCUGCAAUCUGUUGUUAUACUGAUGCAGACCCUAGAGAUGAUGGCACUGGCGUUCUGGGGCUAUAGUUUGCCGUCACGCGGUUCGCUACUAGCAUGUGGCGCGCUGCUGUUCCUGCAGGGCCUCAGCGGCAUGUGCUACGGCUUCCUGCUCUCAGUGCUCUGCUCCAGUUACACUGUCUCCUUCUUUGUGGCUACAGGAAGCUUCUAUCCUAUGAUACUGUUGUGCGGUAUCCUCUGGCCUUUAGAAGGUAUGUCAGCUGGGUUAAGAGCAGUCGCAUUGGCUCUGCCCUUCACUGUACCUUCCAAAUCUCUGAGAGACAUCAUGGAGAAAGGAUCCUCAAUAACAGAUGCCGCUGUCUACAAUGGCUUCCUCAUCACAAUGGCGUGGAUAGUCGUAACAAUUAGCUUAUGUUUCCUUAGACUUAAAUAUAAGAAAACGUAGUUUUAUUUCUUAUUGUACGCUCAACCGGGUAGCUUGUAUAUAGCUUUUAUAUUUGGUAAAGUUUUUUUGUAUAUUCACAUGAUUUAAUUAAUUGUAGAAAUUAGAAAUAAUAUUACUAUUUUAAGUACUGUUUCGAAAUUUAAUCGAAGUUUCGUCGUAAUGGAGAGAAACUGAAAGCUCUAUGUAGAUGGCGCCAGAGUCAACAGUCCGGUGUCAUGUCAGCUUUUAUACAUAAUUCUUAGAGAUUUUAAAAACCUGAUAGAAUUGCAUUUUUGUUCUAUUAAUAAUUUUUGAACUAAUUAAAAAAUACUUUUUAUUUUCAAAAGUAAUUUAGUUGCUAUGACUAAAGUUCAUAGUGUUUUUUAAACAAAGUAUUAUUUGUAUGUCUGUGGUACAUUUACUGAGGGUUUCUGACACAAAAAUCUCUGUAUAAAACAUAUCGUCUCUAGAUAGAGGAUUUUGAUCAUAGAUUUUGGUCUCGGAAACCCACGGUUAGUCCUACAGUCACUCUUGACCGUGCUGCCAUCUAUAGUGAGGAAUAAGCAGCUUAUUGGAAAGAAGCAAACAUGACUUUAUUACGAAGUUUAUUAUUUCUUUAGAAAUGUCUUUUAUACCGAUUUAUUUAAAGACGAAACAUAGGUUAUUUAAAUAUUUUUAU